AUGUACAUAACCAAUAAAUUAUUAAAAUAUUUUGACGUAUUAGAAAAAUUUCCCCAUAAAAAUAUAUAUGACAUUGAUGAUGUUGACGGAAGACUAACUGGUGGUGCGGAUAGUCGUGCUAAUAAUGGGCUCCAUGAAGGAAAUCCCAAUACUGUCAAUUCUGAUCAACUUUGUAUAACUAUCAUGGAAUCAGGCGGAAAUCCGGAAUCAAAUCGAAAUAAUCAUCAACAAAUACCAGAACAUGAAGAAGUGGAUGGAAUUCUAAAAAAUGCUAUUCAAAAUAUUCAAGAAGCUUCAAACAGUUUAAUGACUUUAACAGAAACUCAUGAACAUGAAUUAAAGACAUUAUUUGCAACAAUUCUUGCAAAGCUUCAACGAUUCAUUAAUGUUAUUCAAGAACGACUUAGAAUCACGAAAAAUGUAUUGAAUAGUCUACAACUUAAACUUGCUGUAAAGUUUAUGGAAUUACAAACAAAGAAUUAUGAAUUAAUUCAGAUAAGAAAUGAAUUAGCUCAAUGUCGAGAAGAGGCAUUAAAAUUCACAAUCAAUGAACCACAGUUACCUACUCAAAUAUCAACAGCAUCAACUCGAACACUACAAACAAUCAAUGGACCAAUAGCACAUGCUUCCAAGGAAACAAUUGUGCAAACAAGUUCACCUCAAAAGAUGACGAUAUUUACAGUAUCUUCAUCUUAUCAAAGGAAAGGAAAUGAAUCCUCACCUGAACAAACAGCAACAUCACAUUCAGUGAUAGUUACAGUAGAACCUCCAACUGAAAUGCCUACUAAUCAAAAUAAUGACUUUCCUCAACAAGUGUCUAUACAGUCUAUCACUAAUCCAUCAACAACAUCUAAUAUCAAUGCUAUAAAACAUUCAGCACAUAAUCUCAGUCCUCAAUUGCUUCCAGAAACUAAUUCUGCAUCUCCUUUACAAAACGUUGUUAGUCAAUCGGCUAAUAGUCAAUCAGAAAUUCCUGAAACAUUAUCUGCGACAGAAAAUGUACAUGUAAGAAUACCUGUAACUUCAUCAACUAGUCAAAGUCGUCAAGGCAUAAUCCCUGAAAUUCGUUCUGCAAACCACCAAACGAAUAGUGCUCGAACAAUUGUGAAUCAAGAACGUCCUUCAACUUCAAACAACCUUGUAACAACAAUUCAAGAUACUAAUACUGUAGUUCAAUCUCAACGAUCUCCAGUUGUUAUAGAAAAACCAUCAUCAUAUCGACCAAGUGGUUCAUGUAUGGAGAGUUUGAAGCCAACUAUUCCUGAAGCUAAACUUGCAUCCUCUUCAGGUGUAAAACAACCAUCUCAACAAAAAGAAAUAAAAAAAGAUGAGAGAGAAGCUCAAUUAUUGGCAAAAAUAGAAGAGAUGUGUCGAGAGAAUGAACAAUUAAAAAAAGAUAAGUUGGAAUAUGAACAAGCAGUUCAGAAAGCUUUAUAUAAAGGAUUAUCUUCACUCAAUUCUGAAGCAAUAAAGAUUUUACCCAAUUUACCACUGAUCUGCUAUCAACCUUGUUAUAUGCCAUGCCCUUAUUUACCAUCCUCUGCUAGUAGCAUGUUCUCAGAAAUGAUGGAUGGCAAUAAAUAUGUUCAAGCAAAAAGUAAUAUAUCAUCCAAAGGAAAAACUCAAUUAAGAAAACAAAAAAAAUAUUUUGAAUCUUAUAGACCUACUCAAAUGUGUUCUCAAAGUAAUAUGAUUUUUAUUUUGCCAAAAAAAACUUUAGAUAACGCAUACAUAACUGUACCGCAAUUUCAUAUUAAUGAAAACAAUGUUAAGACUAGAAAAACCGUAUGUUAUGGUGGAAGUUGUAACAAAGAAGCUUUUAAAGUUCAUAAACAUUUUGAUGCUAUUAUUGGUAAUGAACUUUGCAAAGGAAAUUUUCAAGAAUACACAGAAGCUAUUGGCUGCUCCAAUAUCGUAAAUUCUUCUAGAAUGAAUAAACCCCAGAAAUUGAGACACUGUACUGGAUUUGCUAAAUCAAAACGAUUUAUUAACAAUUGAAAGGUAAA